GUAAAAUACCAUAGUAAAAUAUUUUACCAUGAAAUAAUUUUCCCGGAAAAGAUAUACAAUCUACUUAAAUCCCUUGUCCCCGAGACCCCUCGUCUCCCUUUCUAAACCCCAUCCCAUAAUAGCGAUUAAACCAGCCUUCUCUCUCUCUCUCUCUCUCUCUCUCUCAGAAGCUCAAAAAGCUAAGCAUUGUUCUCAGAAGCUCAACUCUCUCUCACAGAUAGAAUUUCCAUUUUGAAAGACACCUUCCUAAGCAACUGGGAUUGUCCAAACUCCAAACCUGUUUUCCUUUGAAGGCCUAAAGAAACAAAGAUGCAGGCCAGCGACAGGUUUAAUAUCAACUCGCAGCUCGAGCAUCUCCAAGCAAAAUAUGUUGGCACUGGCCAUGCUGAUUUGAACAGAUUUGAGUGGGCAGUGAACAUUCAACGCGAUAGCUAUGCAUCAUAUGUUGGCCAUUAUCCCAUGUUGGCAUAUUUUGCUAUUGCAGAAAAUGAAUCGAUUGGGAGAGAGCGUUACAACUUUAUGCAGAAAAUGUUGUUGCCCUGUGGUUUACCGCCAGAGAGAGAAGAAGAUUGAAGUGUCCCAUAUCCCUUCAUGCAUGGCACUUGGAGUUUGUGUGCACCAGUGAUGACAAGGUUGUUACUUUCGGUACUAGAAACUGUCGAUGCAUCGUGUUGAUUCUGUAAUUCGAAGCAAGCCAAUGUGCUACCUAGGAACCUGGACUUAAUAUUCCUUCAGUACUUUUAGGUCAUAACUGAAGCUGUUCCCCGCUGAGUAAUGGGUUGCUUGGUAAAUUAAAUUAGGGUUGCUUUUUGAAAUGGUUUAGAAACUCUGUAGUUGAGAGGUGAUGUGGAAACCCCAAAAGUUGGGGUUGGUGGUCGGUAUGCCCUUUUGUAUUUUGCACCAAAAAUGUUAUGCUCUUUUAUGCAUGAUAGAAGAUUCCGGUGGCAAUUACAUUAUUGAACAGUUUUGAGAAUUUUAUCAGGGAUUGUUUACAAUGA